AUGGAGUCACUUGUUAAUGGAGUUGAUUCCUUGUCAGAGGUUCAGAAUUCAGUUUCGGGGGUACAUCAUGAUCCUCUUUCAUCUGGGACUCCCCUACCUACGCAGCCUCCCUUGAGAGCAUCUACAAACCAUGAGGGUGGUCAUCAAACCAAGACCAUCCAUCAUCAAAGCAUCCAUGUAAUUAAUCAAAAACACUCCUAUCUAGAGGGCAAUAACUUGAAGCAAGAAAAGUUGCCAACAAAAUUGUCCAGCAAGCUGGCACCAAUUGGUGAUUCCAAGGAUUGUGAGUCAAAUGGUGUGUUGGAAUCUGACACGAAACGAGCCUUUGCUAAUCAUGCAAAGAACCAUUGUCAGCCAGAUGCUACUUUCUGCCCAAGUCCUCAGAAUAGUUUCUAUUCAACCACUGUCUACUCAGAAGCCAAAGAAAGUUUCACCAACACCGAAGUCAGUGAGUGUGCUAGUGCUGACAAGUCAUGUGAAAGUGAAGAAGUGGCGAAUUCCAGUGAUUUUAAUGAGAGCAGGAAGACAAGCAUAUGUAGUGAUGUUAGUGAUGAGAGUAGCACCAGUAGUUUGAGCAGUGUUUUGUAUAAACCUCACAAGGCAAAUGACGUUAGAUGGGAAGUAAUUCAAGCUAUACGAACCAGAGAUGGGAUGUUGGAAAUGAGGCAUUUCAGGUUGUUGAAGAAAUUGGGGUGUGGAGACAUAGGGAGUGUGUAUCUAGCUGAACUGAGUGGCACAAGAACUUCCUUUGCCAUGAAGGUCAUGAACAAGACCGAGCUGGCGAACCGCAAGAAGCUCGUGAGGGCUCAGACAGAGAGAGAGAUAUUGCAGUCCUUAGAUCAUCCUUUUCUACCCACAUUGUAUACACACUUUGAGACAGAAACAUUCUCCUGUUUGGUAAUGGAGUUCUGCCCUGGUGGGGACCUGCAUGCACUCAGGCAAAAACAACCAGGGAAGUAUUUUUCGGAGCAUGCUGUCAGGUUUUAUGUGGCUGAAGUUCUCCUUGCUUUGGAGUACUUGCACAUGCUUGGGAUCAUAUACAGAGACCUCAAACCUGAGAAUGUGUUGGUGAGAGAAGAUGGUCACAUAAUGCUUUCAGAUUUUGAUCUCUCUCUAAGGUGCACUGUUAGUCCAACUCUAGUAAAGUCAUCAAACAACUUGGAGACAAAAAGUUCAGGAUACUGCGUUCAGCCUUCCUGCAUUAAGCCAACAUGUGUGAUGCAGCCAGAUUGCAUCCAACCAUCAUGCUUCAAGCCACGCUUUUUAUCUGGCAAAUCCAGGAAAGACAAAAAGUCUAAACCAAAGAAUGAUAUGCAUAACCAGGUGACCCCUCUUCCCGAGCUAAUUGCCGAGCCAACAAAUGCAAGAUCAAUGUCCUUUGUUGGAACACACGAGUACUUGGCGCCGGAGAUCAUAAAGGGUGAAGGGCAUGGAAGUGCUGUGGACUGGUGGACAUUUGGGAUAUUCUUGUAUGAGCUUUUGUUUGGUAGAACACCAUUCAAAGGUUCAGCAAAUCGCGCAACUCUGUUUAAUGUAAUUGGUCAGCCUCUAAGGUUUCCAGAUUCUCCAACUGUUAGCUUUGCUGCCAGGGACUUGAUCAGAGGGUUGCUUGUGAAAGAGCCUCAGCAUCGUCUUGCCUAUAGACGCGGCGCAACAGAGAUAAAACAACAUCCAUUCUUUCAGAAUGUUAACUGGGCACUGAUCCGUUGUGCAAAUCCUCCAGAGGUGCCAAGGCAGGUUAUGAAUCUUCCUCAAAUGGAAAAGGACCUUGGUGUGAAGUCUUCUGGUAAUUAUUUAGAUAUUGAUUUCUUUUGA